CUCCCAUUCCAUUCACGUAUCUCCCUGAUUUUGAGAUGGGAUAAAUGCGAGUCCCGUGGGAUCGGGUAGGCCACUUGGACACAGACGAAAGGUGACGUUAUCGACGAGGAUUUUCUUCCCACCUCACAUCAUCAGCCCCGCAGAUUUUCCACCAACGAUGAAGUUCUCCGUGUUUCUCGGCCUUCUCUCUUUCAUCGGUCAUGCGGUUGCCUUGAGCUGCUAUCACUGCGACGACGUAGCAACGUGCGAAAUGUGGCACGAAAUGCCUUGCGAAGGUGAAACACAACAAGGAUACGAUUGGUACUGUGGAGAAUACUGGGAUGAGAAUAAAAAGUUCACGCAUGGCACUGACGAAGUGAACAAACCCUCGGUGAUUGUUCGACCCCCAGGUGUACUAAAGACCGUGAACUGCUCCGAAUGGAAAGCAGCGGAGUGCGUGAACGCAACCGACGUACGGCUCCCAGAUGGCUGGAGGGCGUGCUUCUGCGAUUCGGACUUCUGCAACUCCGCAGAACCGCUGGGCUGCAACUCCGCAGAACAGCUGGGCUCCCACUCCCGCCUCCCGCUACUCUUCCUCGUCCUAAUUGCCUCCUGCAAGCACCUCCUCUUCAAUUAG